AUGGCCAAUGAGGUGAUUGACUAUUGGCUCAAACGCAAAGAGAAAGGGCUGAUAUGUAAGCUGGAUAUUGAAAAAGCCUAUGAUAGUAUGAAUUGGAGCUUCCUCAUGAAGGUCAUGCUAAAGAUGGGCUUUGGGGAUCCGUGGAUGAAAUGGAUUUGGUGGUGCAUUUCAUCGGCAAGCUUCUCUAUUCUGGUGAACAGGGUUCCAGUUGGUUAUUUCACCAAUUCUAGGGGGUUACGCCAAGGAGAUCCACUCUCCCCCUACCUCUUUGUGUUGGGAAUGGAAGUACUAAGCGCUAUGUUAAGAAGGGUUGUUGAUGGGGGCUUCAUUUCAAGUUCCUCUAGACUUAGAAUAAACCUUGCUAAAAGUGAAGUAAUCCCGGUUGGGGAGGUGGAAGAUAUUGAGAUGUUGGCGGUGGAGUUAGGGUGCAAAGUGGAAACCCUCCCUUCUGUCUAUUUGGGGCUGCCUUUGGGAGCCAAGUACAAGGCCAGAGCUAUGUGGGAUGGGGCCCUGUUGGGGAAAUGGAUUUGGCGGUUUGCCUUUGAGGAAGAUAUCUUCUGGAGGAAGGUGAUUGGGGUGAAGUAUGGCCAGUUGGGUUUUGGGUGGAGAACUAAGGAGGCCCGCGGAACGUUUGGGGUGGGGGUUUGGAGGGAUAUUCUGAAGGAGUCGUCUUGGUGUUGGGAGAAUAUAGAAUUCAAGGUGGGCAAGGGGACUAAGGUAAGGUUCUGGAUUGACCUAUGGUGCGGAAAUGAGGCGUUGUCCCAAGCUUUUCCCCAGUUGUUUGCUUUGGCGGUCCAUAGGUAUGCAUCGGUAAAUGAGAUGUGGGACUCGAGCCUCGGUCAAGGAGGUUGGAACAUAAGACUCUCUAGAAACUCCAAUGAUUGGGAGUUGGACGCCUUAGGAGAGCUGUUGCAUAUGUUGAGGGAUUUGAGGAUCUCUAUUGAAGAGGACGCAGUGAUAUGGAAAGGAGAGGGACACGGCCGCUUUCGGAUUAGAGAUGCUUACAAGUUGUUGACAGGGUCUAAUGCCAUUACCUUCCUGAAAAAGAGCAUUUGGGUGGACAAGUUGUAA